AUGUCCGACAUCUCAGGCAGCAAGACGGCCAAAGGUGCCGAACAUUCUGUCGACGUCGCUAGCCUCGGCAGUCACAAGCACGAUGAGCAUUCGGAUACCCUCAUCAGGCAGUUUGGUCUGUUGCCGCUACUCGGAGUCGGUCUUCUCGGUGCAGGAUACUGGGCCGGCCAGAUCGUCACCAUGACCACCGUGCUCGGCGUCGGUGGCCCACCGGGUCUCUUCUGGGGCACGUUCCUGUGCGCCUUUUGCAUCCUUUGUAUCGCCAUCUCGCUCGCUGAGCUCGCCUCUGCCUAUCCAACUUCGGGCGGUGUGCUCGAUUGGGCGUACGAGUGUUCUUCCAAGUCGAGCCGCAACUUUGUCGCCUGGACCACCGCUUGGCUUAACACGUUUGCUUGGAUCGUCACCGCGACUACGUGGGCAUCUCUUGUUGCUCAGCAGGUGCUCGCUCUUGCCGUGCUGUACCACCCGGACUAUGUCAUCAAGCAGUGGCACACCUGGCUCGUGCUCCAGUUUGUGCUCAUCGUGGGACUGCUGAUCAACGUGUUUGGCGUCAAGAUGAUGCCAGCACUCGACAAGAUCGGCCUUGCCACUUUCUUCCUCGGCUGCUUUGUCCUCAGCAUCACGGUCGCCGCCACUGCACCCACCCACCAAUCGGCCAAGUUUGUCUUUGUCGACAUCAUCAAUACAACAGGUUGGAGUUCGAACGGCUUGGUGUGGUGCUUGGGCCAGAUUGCAACCUCGGGUGCCUUCAUCCUGAUCGACUCUCCCAGCCAUUUGUCCGAGGAGACGAUCGAGCCAGAAAAGAACGUUCCCAAGGCGAUGGUCUACUCGGUUUUGAUCGGCACCGUUACCGGCCUGUUUGUCACGCUCUGCUUCAUGUUCUCCAUUGCCGACAUUGACGGUGUCCUUGCCAGCGCCGGCGGGGUGCCGUACAUCCAGAUUAUCAAGAACGCCACACGAUCCAACGGCGCGACGGUCGUGCUGUCCCUCUUUAUGAUUAUCCUCUCUAUGUACGGUGCGGUGACGUCCGUUACCGUGGCCAGUCGCGUCGCAUGGGCGUUUGCUCGAGAUGGUGGUCUCUUCUUUCCCAAAACUUUCACCAGGAUGUCGUCGAGCCUCCAUGUGCCCGUGCUGUCGCUCAUCCUCUGCACGUUUGGCUCGUCCUGCAUCGGCGUCAUCUACCUGGGCAGCAUCACGGCGUUCAACUCGUUCCUCUCCGCCCUCACCAUCCUCUUCUUCGCCUGCUACGCCAUGGUGAUUGGCUCAUUCAUGCUCAACCGCCGCUACCUCCCGAAAAAGGGCCCAUACCACCUCUCCUCGACUGUCGGAUGGACAGUGAAUACAAUCGCCAUGGUCUACAUGCUCGUCUUUGGCGUCUUCUUCUGCUUCCCCUCGGUCUACCCUCCGACAGCAAACACAAUGAACUGGUCCAGCGUCAUUCUCGUCGGCGUCUUUCUCCUGUCCUCGGUUGGCUACGUGACCUGGGGAAGAAACAGCUAUGCUGGGCCGAGCGGCGCUGUGAUGGCUGAGCGGAUCGGCGAGAGCUCCGAGACCACUGUAUAG